CUUCCAUCCAUCCCUCCUCCCACUCUUCAAACCCAGAAUCGAGUAACGGUUAAUUUCUUGUCCACUCUCUCCUUUGGCACCGUGGAAGGCAGAAACUUUGCACCGCAUAACGCAGACUGGCAUCUUCCUCCAAGCGAUUCCAAACGACUGAUGCUCUUUCACGCGUUGAGAAAGUGGAGAUGAACCAGUUCGACGCUUAAAGAGAGGCAUUAAAAAAGUUGUGGAUGGUUACUUUCGCGCACAAAUAUUUAAAGGACUAUUUUGUCUCCAUAAGUUGCAGGGCUGUGCAGGAGCAGGUCAAAUUCUUCCCUCAGCAAACCUAUCCUCCGCAGGCAGGCUGGAAGACCAUCCACCCGGGAGAUCACAGCGAAUCCGAAGAGCGCAGAUGAUCGCAUCUGGUGUUUGUGGCGUCGCGCUGGUGCUGGGGUUGGUGGUUCUGAUUCCGGUGGUGGUGAACUCCGCCGGAACUCCAGCCCGCUAUGAGAUGCUCGGAUCCUGUCAAAUGGUGUGCGACUCCCACGGGACCGCAGCUACGGCUACAGCCAAGGCAACCAACCCGAUCAAAGACAACCGCCUGGUUCAGUCGCUUCCCACGUUCAUUCAGGGUCCUCAAGGAGAGCCGGGACGCGUCGGGAGGAUGGGUCCCAGGGGUCCGAUGGGGGAACCCGGGCCACCUGGACCCGCCGGUCCGCCCGGGGAGAGGGGGCCACCUGGCCCUCCGGGUCCACCGGGGGCACCGGGAGCGAACGGGCCAAACGGUGCCAUCAGUGCAGCCACUUACAACACCGUCCCCAAGAUAGCCUUUUACGCAGGACUGAAGAAGCAGCACGAGGGAUAUGAAAUACUGAAAUUUGACGAUGUUGUUACAAACCUUGGAAACCACUAUGAUCCCUCUAGCGGGAAAUUCACCUGUUCGAUACCGGGGAUUUACUUCUUUGUUUACCAUGUGCUGAUGAGAGGCGGGGAUGGAACAAGCAUGUGGGCUGACCUCUGUAAAAACAACCAGGUGAGAGCCAGCGCCAUCGCCCAAGACGCCGACCAGAACUACGACUACGCCAGCAACAGUGUGGUUCUUCACCUGGAGCCCGGGGACGAGAUUUAUAUUAAGCUGGACGGCGGAAAGGCGCACGGGGGCAACAAUAACAAGUACAGCACCUUCUCCGGCUUCAUGUUGUAUGCUGAUUGAAACACGGACAGAUCUGCUGAAGAGACGAGAAAGAGAGAGAGAGACUGGGAGGAUAAAAGAGCUUCUCUGCAUAUAGCUUGCUUCACCGCUCGUGCUCAGUUCAAUGUCAGCUGGAUUAUUAGAGGCAGAGCUCACCGUUUCUAUAACUCGAACAGAAUCAGCAGUGAUGUGGAGGAGGUCAUGCAAAAACAGAAAACUGUGCUGGGCAAUAGCGACGAGCUGACAGUGUAAUUACAAAACCAAAAUAACAGUUUUAAUUUGUACAGCACCCACUUGUACCCUUGUCACAUUGAUUAGUGUCGCUCGUGCUCCCUGAAUGAAAUGUCGUGCUUUAUGAAUUAAGUUUGCAGACGGUAGCUCGUGUGGUUACACAUAUCCCUGUAGAUGGAAAGUUUAUAAUGUGAUGACUCACCUAUAGGUGCAAAUAUGAUAUAUAUAUAUUCACAUGACUGCUUACAGUGCUGUUAAACCAUUUGUGUGCUUUAUUUAAAGGCAAAAAAAGAGUCACAGUGGGUGAAAUUUGGAUGAAAAUGUUGAAAAACUGUAGUUAUGCAUGUUUAAUCAAAAUGACAUUUUAACACUGUGCAACAUUAAGAAACUUGAAAAGAAAAAACUGUAAAGGGCCAUUCGUACUGAUGCACGAAUUCAUCAGUGUAACUCGUUUUUCUUGCGUGUGUCAACAUGGCAUCUGGUUGAGACAACAUGGUGGUCUGGUGGUUAGUCACAAAACUGGACAGCCACCGCUGACAGAAAUGUUAUAUAACGCUCAUCAAUCUGCUUGCUGAUUAUUAAACUCCUCCAGAGUCGACUGUCAAUUCAGAUGUAAAAUGUAGUGCGGUAUUAAAUCCUCGCGCUCACUUUGUAAUCCUCCUCAGAAGAUUAAUCAAAGUUAGAUAGUUGUUCACGCCGCACAGUCAGCUGUGGCGAUCGCGCCAUUGAUCAUGUGGCGAAGUCACCCUGCGAGGCCACCUGUUCCCAGAUGAGAGGAGAACAUGUCCUUCAUCCGGGCCUGCCAGCCAGUCAGCCUCCCAUAGACACGCAGACACCCACCGAGGGGCAACAGGACAACUCAUCUAACACAGCCACAUUGUGUCAAGAGCAGAGCAGCAUACUGAUUAGUAAUGCGCUCAUUAUUUCCCUUCCAUAUAACGUGUUUGCAUAAGUGUCGCCUACGAAUACAAAGAGAGCAGCUAUGAUAUUGAAAUUACAAAUAACAAUAAAAAAAAUAGAAAAAAAAAUCAAUUAGCACCGUGUUUGUGAGCACCUGGAAAUAUUUAUCUUGGAUUGCAAUCACACUUCUACUGACGAGCAAAAGAUUUUCUCGUGCAUUAACAGGCACCGCGACCCUGCAAGGCCUCCUUUAUUAAUUUGCUUACAAAGUGAAUCAUGUAUAAUCACAAAUAUUUAAACAAAGAGAACAUGUUUUGCACUAAAAGAGCCUCUAUAAAAAUUCAAAAGCCUGUAAUUAUUUUCCUUUAAAAUAUAAUGGACGUUUUGUUUUGCUGAAAACGGUGAAAUUAAAGAAAAAUUUACAUACAACGGUGGCAAGCUCGUUGCUGUAUGAGCCCAAGAACACAUUAAUGCAUGACUCCGGAUCGUGAUCAGUAUUCAUUACGAGUCGUCAUCAGAAGACGAAUAAUAGCCGGGUGAAUUCGCCCUCCUCGUGCCUCUAUUUUUUUAAUUAUUUGAAGGUCAACCAGCAUUUAGGAUUGUCGAUAAGGAUCUUGUCCACCUGGUGCUGCGAUAUGCCCCUCGUCAGCAUCUUUGGCACGAUGUUCUUCAGGAUGUGAGAGUAGCCGUGGCCGCCGUACUUGGUCAGGCGGUUCUUGGUGUGGAUGUCAUGAGCGAUCACGAUCUUGUCCUCAUAGCCCUCCUUCACCAGAAACGCCAGGCUGAACACGAGAAAACAGUGGGGUGAAAAAUGAGGGGCCUCGGUCUUUUAGCCUUCAUUCAUAUAUAGGAACAAUAUAUAUAUACACAUGAGCAUAACUUAUUCAGCUCUAUUAACGUUAUGGGAAAUUUGUGUUUCUAUAUAGCGUUACUUUAAAAAACAACUACACGAUGAGCUCUUCUUUAUGGUGAAAGUAAAAGAUUUAAGGUGGAGUUAAGCUCCAAACACAAGGAUUUCUAUUACUGGACUGGACACUGAUUCCUGGAGGUUUCAAAAUAGUGAACAACACACACACACAGAAGAAAUCCUUACUCACGCUUUCACUCUCUGGCUGUCGCUGGGCAUGUCCACGUCCAGGUUGUAUGGAUAGUUCAGCAUCUCAGUUCCAAACAGAUCAUACUCCAGGUAACUCCCCAACUUAGCAAACUCCAGCAGCUCGCCUUCAUCCAAUAUCGUCCUUUAAAAAAGGCCAAAAUAAAGCUGAUAGUUAUGAUGCUUUGUUUGGAAAAACGAAGCUGUUGCAAAGAUGCUUUCCAGAUAAUGAUUCAUGGCGGAUCAGAAAAAAGACGGCGCUUUUUGAAAUUUGAAUUAUCACUCCAUGAAACCUGUUACCACUGAUAUUCAUUCCUAUUCUUCUGUAAUUUGGCAUACCUCAAUCACUUUCUCCUCAUUUCCCUUCCCUAAUGAAAAGGCUUCUUGACAUCCUCCCCUCCACUGAAACCAUUUCUGAUGAGGCUUCAAUGA